UGCAUGAUGUGAUAAAGAAGGUCAAGAAGAAGGGGGAGUGGAAGGUGUUGGUGGUGGAUCAGUUAAGCAUGAGGAUGCUCUCUUCCUGCUGCAAGAUGACAGACAUCAUGACCGAGGGCAUAACAAUUGUGGAAGAUAUCAACAAGCGCAGAGAACCACUUCCCAGCCUGGAGGCUGUAUAUCUCAUCACUCCCUCUGAGAAGUCUGUCCACUCUCUUAUCAGUGACUUUAAGGACCCACCGACUGCUAAAUAUCGGGCUGCACAUGUCUUCUUCACUGACUCUUGUCCAGAUGCCCUGUUUAAUGAGCUGGUAAAAUCGCGAGCCGCAAAAGUCAUCAAAACUCUGACGGAAAUCAACAUUGCGUUUCUCCCAUAUGAAUCCCAGGUGUAUUCCUUAGACUCUGCAGACUCUUUCCAAAGUUUCUACAGUCCCCACAAGGCUCAGAUGAAGAAUCCCAUAUUGGAGCGUCUGGCAGAGCAGAUUGCAACUCUGUGCGCCACCCUGAAGGAGUACCCUGCAGUGCGGUACCGGGGGGAAUACAAGGACAAUGCCUUGCUGGCUCAGCUAAUUCAGGACAAGCUUGAUGCCUAUAAAGCUGAUGACCCAACAAUGGGGGAGGGCCCAGACAAGGCGCGCUCUCAGCUCCUGAUCUUGGACCGAGGCUUUGACCCCAGCUCUCCUGUGCUCCAUGAGUUGACUUUUCAGGCUAUGAGUUAUGAUCUGCUGCCUAUUGAAAAUGAUGUAUACAAGUACGAGACGAGCGGCAUUGGAGAGGCGCGCGUGAAGGAGGUGCUCCUGGAUGAGGAUGACGACCUGUGGAUGGCGCUGCGCCACAAGCACAUCGCAGAGGUGUCCCAGGAAGUCACCCGGUCUCUGAAAGAUUUUUCUUCUAGCAAGAGAAUGAAUACUGGAGACAAGACCACCAUGCGAGACCUGUCCCAGAUGCUGAAGAAGAUGCCCCAGUACCAGAAAGAGCUCAGCAAGUAUUCCACCCACUUGCACCUUGCUGAGGACUGUAUGAAGCAUUACCAAGGCACCGUAGACAAGCUCUGCCGCGUGGAGCAGGACCUGGCCAUGGGCACAGAUGCCGAGGGAGAGAAGAUUAAGGACCCCAUGCGAGCCAUCGUCCCCAUUCUGCUGGAUGCCAAUGUCAGCACUUAUGACAAAAUCCGCAUCAUUCUUCUCUACAUCUUUUUAAAGAAUGGUAUCACCGAGGAAAACCUGAACAAGCUGAUCCAGCAUGCCCAGAUCCCCCCAGAGGACAGUGAGAUCAUCACCAACAUGGCUCACCUCGGGGUGCCCAUUGUCACAGAUUCCACACUGCGUCGCCGGAGCAAGCCAGAACGGAAGGAGCGCAUCAGUGAGCAGACCUACCAGCUGUCACGGUGGACCCCCAUCAUUAAGGACAUUAUGGAGGUAGGUCACGCUCGCUAUGGGCACUGGCAUAAGAAUAAGGCCCCAGGGGAGUACCGCAGUGGCCCCCGCCUCAUCAUUUUCAUUCUUGGGGGCGUAAGCCUGAACGAGAUGCGCUGCGCUUACGAGGUGACCCAAGCCAACGGGAAGUGGGAGGUGCUGAUAGGAUCCACGCACAUUCUCACCCCACAGAAACUGCUGGACACUCUGAAGAAAUUGAAUAAAACAGAUGAAGAAAUAAGCAGUUAAAAAAAUAAGCCGCUCCUCCAAACAUGCCCCUCUUCCUGCAGUGCUCUGCAGCUCCCUACCGCCCUGCCCUCAGUUACUUUGCUGACUUUCCCUCUGUUGCCUCCCCUGCCCUGCACGUCCUGGCCAGCACUAUCGCUGCUGCAUUCUCCUGUUUAAUGAUGCCCUCUUCUAGUUUGAAACAAACAAACAAAAAUAAUGCAUUGUGUUUUU